GGGACCCAGGGCUGGGGACACACGGAGAGCCAGUGUCCCAGCUCUGCGCCCUCCCAGAGCCCACGGACCACAGCCAGCAAGCAGCUUCUCCAGAUACGCUGGUGCAGGCCUGGCCCAGCAGCAGCUGGGGGAGAGGGCACUGGGAGGUGGCAGCUAUCCCACACUGCCUGCACCCUCCCAGACUGUAGUGUGUGUGGUGCCCCCACCCCACAAGUCCCAUUUCUGCCCGACGUGAAGGAGACAGCCCCGGGCAUGGCAGAGGAGAGGCCAGGUGCCAUGCAGGCACCAGAGGACCAGGAGCAGCGAUGGCCUGACUUGCAGGGGGCUGGAGGGCCUGAGGAGGAACAAGAGGAGGAGGAGACACCCCUGGACUGCAUCAUCUGCUUCACGCCCUAUGACCGGCUGUUCAAGGUGCCCAAGGCCCUGGGCUGUGGGCAUGCCUUCUGCCUGGAGUGCCUGGCACGCAUCAACGUCUCCUCUGAGGAGGUCAAUGCUGUGAGCUGCCCCGUGUGCCGGGAGCUCACACGCCUACCCCGUCGCAAAGGGCUGCCUGGCCUGCCCACCCGCUACGACCUGCUGGAGCAGCUGCCCCCCCUGCCUGGUGCCCCCAAGGGCUCCGUCCACUUCAGCCGCCGCAAGGGACUGCUCUACAUGCUAGGGGGGAAUGGAGGCAGCAACCAGGGCUGGGCCUGGGGCCGGGCACCGGCACUGCCCAAGCCAGGCAGCACCCUUAACACCAUCAGCCUGAGUGUGGAUGUAGGGCGUCCGGAGCCCCGGGUCGCGGGCCGUAGCCUGCAGAGGCUGAGCAUCACCAGCUGGCCCUUCUGUGUGGCCGUAGCCGUGGCCAUAGUGGUGACAGUGGGGCUCAUAGCCUGCGGCAUUUACAUCUUCUUCUGGCUGCCAGGUGUGUACAACAUGGCAGGGCCGCGCCCAGGACUCAGCAACUUCACCUGGCCCCUGCCCUCAAGGCCCACGAUCAACAGCACACUCACCAACCACACCCUAGCCCCCCCCACCAGGCACUGAUGCCCAUGGGCUGGGCUGGGAUGAAGGCCACUUCCCUGCUGUGCCCCUCCUAGCACCAGCCCCUGGACUGCCCUGUCCCUGCCCUGCCUGGGCUGAUGCCUGACAAGAGGAGCAGCUGCCAGGACCUGGACAUGACUGUGGGUCUGUGACUGUGACAUCCCUGAUCACUGCCAGAGAACUGACUUGAGGGGAGGGGGGGAGACCACCCCCUGCACCAGCCCCUUCAGACCCCAUCUCCUGGGAACAUACAUGUGACCCCUCUUCUCCUGUUCCUCUGCUUCCACCUGCAUUAAAUGACUUGUGUUUUGCGUGUCGA